AUGGACCUUCUCCAUCUGAGUGUAUUAAAAAAAGCUAAACUCCAUGGACCACCAGAUAAAUUCAAUACGUAUGUGACCUUGAAAGUGCAAAAUGUGAAGAGCACAACAGUGGCCGUGCGAGGUGACCAGCCCUGCUGGGAACAGGAUUUUAUGUUUGAGAUCAAUCGGCUGGACCUGGGCCUAAUUGUGGAAGUAUGGAACAAAGGACUGAUAUGGGACACCCUGGUUGGGACCGUGUGGAUUGCUCUGAAGGCCAUUCACCAAUCUGAUGAGGAAGGUCCUGGGGAGUGGUCUACGUUGGAGGCAGAAGUUGUAAUGAAACAUGAUGAAAUCUGUGGAACCAAAAACCCAACUCCUCAUAAAAUUUUGCUGGACACAAGAUUUGAGUUACCUUUUGAUAUCCCUGAAGAGGAGGCCAGAUACUGGACCAGAAAAUUAGAACAAAUAAAUUCACUGGGAGAUGAUGAGUAUUCCUUUCAGGAGGAAGUCCAGAAGAAACCAUUGCUCAGUGCUGCCUCCCAGUGUUCCUUUGAAGAUGCUGACAGUGCCGUGGAUGACCGGGACAGCGACUAUCGCAGCGAGACGAGCAGCAGCAUCCCCCCUCCGUACCACACCACCGUGCAGCCCAAUGCCUCCGUGCACCAGUUCACUGGCCCAGCUCGCCUGCAGCAGCAGGGAGUCCUGCGGGACUCCUGUGCCAACUCCCUCCAGCGUUAUGAUCUGGAUUAUCGGGAGCGUGUGGCCGUCAGAUAUCCUCAGGAAUAUGAUACAAUUGAUAGAAGAAGGAAAAAGAAGCUGCGUUACAAUUUUGAAGACAGAGAACGAUUAAGCCUGCAAAGUAAUGGAGGUCUGCAGUUUCCCAGGAAGAAAACAGUUUAUUUCAAUGGUGUGGCAGCUAGUUCUGAACCCAUUGAUGAUUUCCCAAUAUAUGAUAGAGUUGGAAAAUACUCCAGUAACUCUGAAGGUAAGGGGUUGCCUGCUUAUCCAGUCCUGCGUCCAUACAAAAAUGGGUUAAUGGUUAAAAGUGGCAGGUUGCCCAGUAAGCAGGGCAUGAACCAUGAGGAGUCACUUCACCUGAGUAAUACUGAGGACAUGAAACACACGAGGAUGCUAGAGAACACUUUUGUGCCUGUUGAUGUCCUUGAGGAAUUUGACAGCAGUGCUUCUGAUGAAUUCCAGUACUCGCCUGUUUCAGAUGGUGAAAUGGGGGAACUGACUACACUUUCAAAAAGAUGGUAUGAUUCUGACAUCAGCCAUUUGAGAAACAUAGCUGCUAAUUUCCCUGCAAAUAUGGACUCCCAUUUAAAAACUAGCUCUGAUAAAAAACAUAAAACUAAAGAGAGCAAGUGUGAUCAUCCGGUGCAAGACUUAACACUGUCUCCUGUUGAAGAACCCAAUGAGGAGUACAUAGACACAAUGGAUGAACUUCAGUGUCUGGUAGAAUCAGUCUCUGAAUACUUGGCUGAAAAGGAGGAAGAAAUCAGUAAAUUUGGUACAUUGCCAGAAACAAAAAAAAAAGUUGAGAAUGUGCCACUGAAGCUGGAUAAUGCUGAUAAUUCAGCAGAAGCUAAAAUAUCUGAGCAGACCAAGCAUCCUGCUGCAGAGGAGAGUACCAAAGGCAAAUCUGAAUCUCUUCCAGACUUGUCAGAUGUGAAAAAUACAGUGAGUUCCCUGUUCAGCUCUUUCACGGAGAAGGUGGGGUCAAGCACAAAGCAGCUCACAGCCUCUGUUGAGAAACUUGUGUCUUCUACUCCGGAGAACACAGAAAACAAAAACUCAUCAGAAGGUGGAAUCUUGAAUGUAUUUACUAAUAAGGCUAAAAGUGAGAGUUCUGCUUCUGGAGGGACUGCAAAUAGUAAUUCUGACACCAAAUUCUCCAUUCAGUCUUUGCUCCCAUCCCAGGUGAGCAGUGAUAGAAGAGCCCAGAACACAAACUCCAAUAAGCCUGAAACAACUGAGACAGACAGUAAGGCUUCUGCACUGCAUCCUCCCCAGCAAGCACAAGGAAAUUCUGCUGACAGCCAGCAAAGCCAGCAUUCAGUUGUGAAUUCAGUUAUAGGCAUGUUUAAUCCUUUAAAGAUCUUCUCUGAGAAGGAAGUGCCAAAACAGGAAGUCACAAAAGAGGAGCACACCAAGGACAGCCAUGCUGUGAAAGUUGAGGAGGCAAAAAGGAGUGAGACACCAUCUGGACAGAUGUCAGCCAGGACCAGCAUCACUGUUCCAGAGGCACAGAAAAGUGAGGCAGAGGUAAAUGCAAGUAGCACUUCUGUGUCUUCAAUCUUUGGCAGGCUCACAAACUCAGUCAGUUCCUUCAGUCUGAAAGCCAAUCUUGAUGGUCUCUUGGGUCCCAAGCAGCCAGAUGUGCCACAGAAGCAACCAGAUUUGCAUCCUAUUACAGGUCAACCAGGUGCCACUUUGGUAGAGGGUGCGCCCACUGCCAGGGAGCAGCCUCCUGCAAAGCACUCAGAGGAUCAGCAUCCUGAAGGUCAUGGACUGGAAAACAAGCAAAACAGAGGUAGUGUGGAACCUAAGUCACAGCCUCAAGAUCAGGGUACAGCAUCUGAAGGCUUUUUUAGCCCACUCAAAAAGUCUUUCAGUCAAUUGUUGCUUCCUUCUGCUGAGCAAGGGAAGAAAGAAACUAUGUCUGAACAUUUUAAAGACCAUAAGUCUGAGGAGGAUGUAAGACAAAAUAGUUCAUCAAAAGAAGAGCACUCAUUUCCUUUCACUGGAAAACUUCCUUUUAUCAGUGGUCUGGGUUCUUCAGCAAAGCAGGAACAGAAGAAUGAGAAGGGAGGUUUUAUGUUAACGUUAUUUAAAUUUUCUUCUGCAGAAAAUCUAGCACCUACACAGGACCAAAAAAGUCAUCAGGGUUCUAUUGGCAGUUCUUUGCAUGAAGGCAGAAAGAGUAAUUCAGGAAAUGCUGUUACAAUAAAAUCUAGCUCAGUUUCAAAUUUAUCAGGCAGUAAGGAGGAACUUUUACAAAGGAGAAACAUGAAUAAAGAAAACCUGUCUACUGUCCACAUAAACAAAGAACACCAGGAUAGUGCCUCUACUACCCGUAAGGCCAAAGAAGAGCAGCAGAAAGCUAAGAGUACUCAAGAAGAAUCUAGAAAUGUAAAAGGAGGACUGAUGAAAGAAGGAGUAAAUGCAGCAGACUUAAGCAAAAGCUCAGCUGAAUCCAUCUCCUCAGCCAAAGGGCCAGAAGCUCCAAGUGCAGAUGAUACUCAGAAGAAGCACACACCAGGUUUUCUUUCUGGCUUUCUUCAUAUUUCUUCAAAUGAAAACACAGCCAAUAAUCAAGACUCAACUUCUAAAACUGAGGGUGAUAGCCAAAAAAGCACUUCUGGAUUAUUUUCUGGCUUACUUAGAUUUGCCUCAAGUGAAAACUUGUCUGAAUGUAAGCAAGAGAAGGCAAAACCAAAUUCUCUGGGCUUCAUGAAGCUUUUUGAUAGAGGUGAGGAUUCUAGCUUGGAGACAAAACCCAGUAAUUCAGGAAUGUCUUCUGACAGUCAAAGCAACACUGGAGAAAAGCAGGAGACUUCCAGCUUCUUAAAAAAUCUCCUGCCAAAACCAAAGGAGAAGCAGGAUAAUGUGAAAACAGUGGAAUCUUCCACUAGUGACUGCCCAUCCAAUGCAAGAGUAAAUGAAACAACUGAACCUCAUGCUCCCCAUGGUGGGCAUCCUGUGCUCCCUGAGGCCCUAAAUCUGCAAGCCAAAGUACAGGAUUUGUCUGGAAAGCCUGUAAAUAAUAGGCAUAUUCCUCACCAGAAUGCAGAAUCUAAAGUUCUUCCAACUCCUUUAAACAAAGGAUCAAAUGAAUCUCUCAAUUUGACUAAUAAAAGCUAUAACUCUACGAAGCAGUACUCAGCUUAUCAGGAAACAAGGAGCCAUUCUAGCUUUGAAUGGGAAUAUGAAAUGGGGGGACUGGCUGACACUCAUGGAAUAGCAGUACCAGUUUACUAUGUGUUAAACCAGAACCCUAUUCUGCCUGCUCAGUUCUUGGACUGGCCUGAAAAUGAUGUGGUAGUUAAUCUUUGUAAAAAGGAUGGGAAUGCAAAUGUGAUGGAUUGGCAGACUAAUGCAAAUUUUGAUGGACAGAGUCUAGAUUUAAGAGCAAUGUCAUAUGAAUCAUUUGAUCAGUUAAUGUUUCAAGACACAUGUUUGGAAGAAAAUGAUGCAUGGACUGCUAAUUCUCUCAGUGAAAGUUGCAGUAACUUUCCACCCUUUGAAAGAGAUAGCAGUUACUCAUUUGAGGAGUUGCCCAUGGAUUUGAGCUACUCCUCUGGCUGUGAUGGAACAAUGUGGACACUAAUUGAUCAAGAGACUUUAAGUAUGGAUGAAGGCUUAAUGUACUCAUCCUAUAGUCGGGAGUAUCAGGAGUGGAUAAUGAUGCUUGAGCAGGGUGUGUGGUGGCCCUCAGAAGAUGGUGAUUGUGGAUAUUACAUGUACAGUGAUGACCAGUAUGUAUAUUCCCUGCUCACUGAUCCCACUGGACAGUAUGUCUACGUGUGUGCUCCUGAAACUUACUCCUACAUGGACUGCUGGGAUUAUAAUUUCCAGAUGGAUUCUAUUCCAAGUGCUGUGCUGGAAGACAACACAAUUGCUGUUUGUGGUUUCAAAGUCCCUCUUGGCAGUGAAGAUGAGCUGUUUUGGUUUGCAGAAGAAGAGAGUCUAGAUGAUUAUACAACAAAUAAACCCCUGGAUUUGUCAGUAGCUUUGCAGAGGAGCGACCAGCUAAUGAACAUGAAUUUGGAAACUUUUUCACAAAUGUUUGAGGAGUCUAUUUAUUAUCAGAGAGAGCAGCCUUUAGACUUUUCAGGUUAUAAACUUCAAAAACUCAAAGUAGAUUUCAGACCUGAGAAGGAAACCCCAAAUCAUUCAGAUGAGCCUCCAUUAACCCUUGAUCUCAGAACUCAUUCCAGGGCAGCUUUCAAUAAAUCUCUGAGUAAGGAAGUCCACACCAAGGAAGUUGAUAAGGCUGUCUCAGUGACAACUUCGGGGAGUGGGUCAUCAGGAUUCUUUGGAUUCCAGCUGUUUCAGUCUGCUCCUAAAGUUGGAGAAACUGCAGCAUCUACUGAAAGAGCAACAGAAGCAAAAAAGACUGAGGAAGAUAAGAAAAUACCAGUGAACAAAGUUAGCUCCUUAUUUUCUGCUUUGGGUGGACUAAUUGGGAAGUCUACAAGCCCUGGCUCUGAGACAUCAGAAGAUUCUACCUCAAAGAGAACAGACACAUGGUCAAUAUCAUCUGAAAAUAAGACUGAUGUUUUAUCACUUACACCAAAUAAAAAAUUGGAUGAAGAACAAGUGGGGCAGAAGUUUCCUGUUACAUCAGAACUGAGAAGAAAUACUUCAUCAGAAUUUAAUUUGGAUGCUGUCAGAAAUGAAAAGCCAGAAUUACAUCAGACUGAAAACAUCCGCGUUAAAAAAACAGGAUUAACAAGAUCCCCUUCUAUACUGAGCCAAUCUGCUAUGGAGAGCAGGCCUGUACAAGAAGAGAGACCUAUUAAAGCAACACCAGCUUCCAGGCGUCUUGAAAGGCAUGCAGCCAUUAAUGAACCUAGUCAGCUGCAGCCAAAUCAGAGCCAACCAGCCACUGAACCUGAGGAGACAUUAUUUAAAAGUGCUCUGAAAUUGUUCAGUCUUGGAGAAGAUUCUCCUGCAACCUCAACUGCCAACAAACCCCAGUCUUCUGGAUUUUUUGAUUUCUUUAAAACACAAGUAAGCAAAGUGCCACAGCCAUCACCAGAACUGGAGAAAAGACAAAGUAAUAAACCAGAAGAGGUGAAACAGCCAGAACAGAAGGAAACCUCCAGCAUCUCAUCUUUAUUUGGAUCCCUGGGAGAUCUCUUCAAAGUGGAGCCUGUAUCUUCUCAACCAACCUCAAGUACUACGACUCUGCCAAAACCCAACAGCGGAACUAUGUCUGAUCCAAGGCAGAAACCUGAAAAGUCUGGGGGUCUUCAGAGUGCCAGUAUGCCAUGUCUAUCCUCCACCACCAAGGAAGAAGUGAAAGCAGAAGGCAUGGACAAGCAGGUCUCUCCUAGCCCCAGGGUGCAAGAGGAAAAACAGAGCAAAGAAGCUGUGGAGGAGUCUCCUGAGAGUAAAAAAGUGCCUCCUGGAAAUGUUUUACAGAAGCCAGUGAGUGUAGGUCCCAGAGGAAGCCAGCUGGGCCAGCCAGCUGGGCAGCAAAGAGGCACACCCACACCAAAGCAACAGGGAGGUCAUGUAGGAGACACAGCUAAUCGGACAAAACCAAAGUCAGACCAGACGCCCAAAGAGUCAGGUUUCAGUUUGCCGUUCAGCUUCUCUGAUAUCACUGCUCCGAAAUCCCAGCCAGCCAGUAAGAGCAUAUUCUCCUUCUUCACUGUAUCAGAUGAGCCAAAGCCUUCAGCACCUGCUGCUGCUCCUGCUGGUGGGAAGCAACAAGAAACAGAGGGUUUGUUUCAUCUGCCCUCCUUCUUCUCCAGUGGUCCAGCUCCUGACAAGAGUGUACCUCAAAGGAGUACUAGUUUUAGCUUCUUCAAUUUGACAUCCUUUUUGGAUGAAAAGCCACAAACUACUCCAGGACAGGAAAAACCAGCUAAACCGGUGAACUCUAAGCCACCAACUGCUCCUAGACAGGAGAGUAAUACAAAACCAGCUAAAACAGUGAAUACUAAACCACAUAUGAAGCAAAGUGUUUCCACUGACUCUGGUGUCAAAAUCAGCAGUUCUACCAGGCAACAAGAUGCAGACAGUAAAAAAGAAGUUGAUGAUAUUACUGCAGCAGUGACUGGCAAACAGAUGUCUAAUGACCUCCUGAUCCCGGAAAAUAAAUCAGAAAAGCUGGUAGUGGAAAAUGUACAAAGUAUUGCUGCAGUAGCCAAAGACAGUGGUUUAGAAAAGCUUCCCCAGACCAGUGAAGAGAGUGGCUUAGAAAAGCUUCCACAGGCCAGUGAAGAGAGUGGCUUAGAAAAGAUUCCACAGACCGAGGACAGUGCAGUAACCAAUUUGUCUGCUUCUGGUCCUUGCCUUCAGACUCAGGAGGGUUCUCAAGACCAACGGAGUAUUUCCCCGAGGGCACAAGACAGUGCUUUGGGUAAUACAGAGAAAAUGGACAGUAUUGCACUUCCUACUGAAGAACAGCCUUAUUCUUCCAAAGAGCAAACUUCUGCAGAAGUUGAUCAUAGCAUGGUCUCAGGUGAUAAGAUGGAUUCCCAGGGUCUCAAUGACUUAAAUAGUAUGAGUGACAUGAAAAAUGAAGUUGUCUCUGAAGAAGUACGUGUACAGAAUGAGUUGCCAGAACAAAAAGUACCUGCACAAACUGACAGAUUACAAAGGGCACAACAGCCACAUGUUCUUCCUAAAAUGCCAGAGGCACCUAAUUUGCAAAGCAAACCAAAGGAACCUGAGAGUGAUAAAUCGGUUCUGGAUUCUUCAGUUGAAAUGUUUUCAAGUUUCAUGACAAAAAUGAAACCACCUAAAACAUUUUCUGGUUUCUUUUCUCAAUCUCAAGCUACUGCACCUCCACCUGCACAGAAAAGGAGCUCCUCUUUCUUUGGUUUCUCAUCCCUCCCAAGUGGCCCAGCACCAGCUUUUACAAACGAUAUAUUUGGCAUCUUCAAAGGUCCAAAAGAAUCUCCAAAAGAGAUGCCUCCAAAAUCCACCCCUAUACCUCAAAGCACUGGUGUGAAAGAUGUCACUGUGUCUGUUCCAGCAAAAGACUCUAGGGAGCCAGAAAAUGCAGCUGCAGCCAGAGAGUCUAAAAGAGAUGUCUCUACCUCUAUGAAGAAGGAUGCAGUACCUGUUUCAGCAGAAGAGAACUCCACUAGAGAAUCUCCUAUGAAGACAGAAACUGAGGAGCACAAGAGUUUGGAAACAUCUAAGGAAAAACCUUUGAGGGUCACUCCAGAAACAGGAGUCUCUAGUGAGAAUGAAGCCCUUGAGGUGCUGCAGCAGGAUAAUGAAGCACAGCCCUCUGAGGUGGUAGAUACUCAGCUGUGCCAGUCUGACCUCAGUGGUGCAGUUGAUACAGUGCAGGCUGAGGCCACUAACCAGGCUGAUGUCGGUACUUUCCAACCAGGUGUGGGGCCUUCAGGUGUAGCAGAGGAAGAAGUUGCUCCUGCAGACAAGGCAGCCACUGACAUCCUUCUCACUGGCUCUGCUGAUGAGCUUGCACUGGAAAUGGAAGCCCAAACUAACAGGGCAGACACAAACCUUUCCCAGUUAGAUGAGAGUGCUCUGCUUGAAUCAGAGCCUGUUGUUACAGGGGAUCAGGCCAGUGCUGGUGUUGAUCAGCAGGACUUGAUCAGUAGUAAUGAUAGCAAACCCACAACUCCAGCUGAUGAGCCCAGUGUUCAUCUGCCUGAGCUGCAUGAAGAGAAGACAAGUGAGGUAGGAGAGCAAACUGCUGAGCAGGAAAAACAUUUAACAAUUGACGAGGUGCCUGCAGAAGGGGUUGCUUCCAAAUCUGACUUGAAGAGACAGGGUAAAGCUAAUAAUGUUGCUUCAGAUACAAGCAGUAGUAAACCUGUCUUUGAAAUACCAAAUAUACCCAGUUUGCCAAAAUUCAGCUUUAUGUCAUCUUCUGAUAGUGGAAAACCUUUUGGAUCAUUCUUCUCUCAGCAGCCACCUUCUGCUAAUAGAGCAGGAACAGAUGAGGGCCUCGUGUCCAGUUUUAAGAAACUCUCUAUGUCUCUGUUUGAGGGAGGUGGUGAAGAAAAGGUGAGUAAGCCAGAGAGUGCCCAAGGAGCAGUAUUUGGGAAAAAGCUAGAUUUCUCCUUUCCCUGGCAAAAAGACAUCAAGGAGACCUCUGCCAAAAAGGAACCACAUGUACCACCACAGGCUUUGUCAAAACCAGAUGACAAGGUGUUAGGAACAGUCAGUUCAGAAGAAAACUCAAAAUCUGCAGUCUCUGAUCAAGUGACUGACACAAAUAUAGAAAUGAAGUUGUCUUCAGAGCAGCCUGAUGCUGUAGACAAUGAACAUUCUGAAGAGCCAUCUGGUGCAAGCGCUGUUGAUGAUACGUCCAACAAAGAGCUGGGAGAGAAGCUUGACAAAGAGUCAGAAGGUCAGCAGAAUGUGAUUUCAUGUGAACUGCAGAAAGGAGAUCAGGCAGAGGAGCGUGUGCCAGACAAGCCUGAGGAGAGAGAAACUGGGCUUGAUUCUGCUCCUGAUGGAGCACUACUGCAUCCUGACACAUUGGUUGCAGAUCUGCAUAGCGUGGAGCAACUGAAUGAGAAAAGUCCUGCUGGCAGUAGUAGAUACAGCUCCUCUUGCAAUGUCAGCCAGGAAAGCUCUCACCUCAGUGAGCUGGAACAUUCCCAUGAAAGUGCCCAUGGCUCUGAACAGGAAGAUGAUCACCAGGAAAGGCAGUCGAAUCACUCUUAUCACAGUUCAAGCAGCUACCAGAAGGAUGGUCAGGUGUGGCUCAAGGAGCAAGAGGAGCCUUAUGGCAAAGAGGAGGAGAAGGUCUGCAAAACUGAGGAAAAACCUGUAGACCAUUCUGCAGCUAAGCUCCCUCUGGAACUUGAGAAGCCCAAGGAUGUUGAUGCAGGAGUCCUAAUGAGCUACCAGGGUGACAUGGAGCCACCACCAUUUCCUCCAGCAAGAGCCCAUUGGAUUAGAGCCAUUAGCAAAGUCCGACUGCAGCUUCAACAGGGCCAAGAUGAAGCUGAUCCAUCAAAACCACCCUGGCUCAAAGGAGGGCCUGCAGGUGGUCUCUAUGGCAUUGAUAGCAUGCCUGAUCUACGUAAAAAGAAGCCAAUUCCACUUGUCAGUGAUCUGUCACUGGUUCAGUCCCGAAAAGCUGGAAUUACCUCAGCAAUGGCUACUAGAACAUCUCUCAAAGAUGAAGAGCUGAAAUCUCAUGUCUAUAAGAAGACCUUGCAAGCCUUAAUUUACCCCAUCUCUUGUACAACCCCACACAACUUUGAAGUGUGGACAGCCACAACUCCCACCUACUGCUACGAAUGUGAGGGGCUGCUGUGGGGCAUCGCCCGGCAGGGAAUGCGCUGUGGCGAGUGCGGGGUCAAGUGCCACGAGAAGUGCCAAGACUUGCUCAAUGCUGACUGCCUGCAGAGAGCAGCAGAGAAGAGCUCGAAGCAUGGAGCUGAAGACCGGACCCAGAAUUUCAUCAUGGCCAUGAAGGAUCGCAUGAAAAUCCGGGAGCGGAACAAGCCUGAGAUCUUUGACUUGAUCAGAGAUGUGUUUUGUGAGAGCAAAAUGACACAUGCUCAGCAGAUGAAGACAGUGAAACAGAGCGUGCUUGAUGGUACCUCAAAAUGGUCAGCAAAGAUCACGAUCACUGUGGUGUGUGCUCAAGGUCUGCAGGCCAAAGACAAGACGGGGUCCAGUGAUCCAUAUGUAACUGUUCAAGUGGGUAAAACAAAGAAGAGGACAAAAACUAUCUUUGGAAAUCUGAACCCUGUAUGGGAAGAAAAGUUUUACUUUGAGUGCCAUAAUUCCUCUGACCGGAUCAAGGUGCGAGUGUGGGAUGAAGAUGAUGACAUAAAGUCUCGUGUCAAGCAGAGGCUGAAACGCGAGUCGGAUGAUUUCCUGGGGCAAACAAUCAUUGAAGUUCGCACUCUGAGUGGAGAAAUGGAUGUGUGGUACAACCUUGAGAAGCGAACAGAUAAGUCUGCAGUGUCCGGGGCUAUUCGCCUGCAAAUCAGUGUGGAGAUCAAAGGCGAGGAGAAAGUGGCUCCAUAUCAUGUUCAGUACACUUGCCUUCAUGAGAACCUCUUUCACCAUCUCACAGAUGUGCAAGGGAAUGGGGUGGUGAAGAUCCCUGAUGCCAAAGGAGAUGAUGCAUGGAAGGUGUAUUUUGAUGAGACAGCCCAAGAGAUUGUGGAUGAAUUUGCAAUGCGUUAUGGCAUUGAGUCAAUAUACCAGGCCAUGACGCAUUUUGCAUGUCUCUCCUCUAAAUACAUGUGCCCAGGCGUGCCAGCUGUGAUGAGCACCUUACUUGCCAAUAUCAAUGCUUAUUAUGCACACACCACUGCCUCCACAAAUGUGUCUGCUUCGGACCGCUUUGCAGCCUCCAAUUUUGGGAAAGAACGAUUUGUGAAGCUUCUGGAUCAGCUUCAUAAUUCACUUCGGAUUGAUCUCUCAAUGUACAGGAAUAACUUCCCAGCCAGCAGCCGUGAACGGCUGCAGGACCUGAAGUCUACAGUGGAUUUGCUGACCAGCAUCACUUUUUUCAGGAUGAAGGUCCAAGAGCUGCAGAGUCCACCCCGAGCCAGCCAGGUGGUGAAAGACUGUGUAAAAGCUUGCCUCAACUCCACCUACGAGUACAUUUUCAACAACUGUCAUGAGCUGUACAGUCGGGAGUACCAGACAGAUCCUGACCUUCCUGCUGAGGAACAGGGACCCAGCAUCAGAAACCUUGAUUUCUGGCCCAAGCUCAUCACUUUGAUAGUUUCCAUCAUAGAAGAGGACAAGAAUUCUUAUACCCCAGUCCUCAAUCAGUUUCCUCAGGAGCUUGCAGUUGGGAAGAUCAGCGCAGAGGUGAUGUGGAGUCUUUUUGCCCAGGAUAUGAAAUAUGCCAUGGAAGAGCAUGAGAAACACAGACUGUGUAAAAGUGCAGACUAUAUGAAUUUACACUUCAAAGUGAAGUGGCUGUACAAUGAAUAUGUUCGUGAUCUGCCUGCCUUCAAGGGAAAAGUGCCUGAAUAUCCAGCAUGGUUUGAGCAGUUUGUGAUGCAGUGGCUGGAUGAAAAUGAAGAUGUUUCCUUAGAUUUCCUGCAUGGUGCUCUGGAGAGAGAUAAAAAAGAUGGGUUCCAGCAAACAUCCGAGCACGCUCUGUUCUCUUGCUCAGUGGUGGAUGUGUUCACCCAGCUCAACCAGAGCUUUGAGAUCAUUAAGAAGCUGGAGUGCCCAGAUCCUGUCAUUGUUGCCCACUACAAUAGAAGAUUUGCUAAGACUAUUGGGAAAGUGCUGAUGCAGUAUGCUGACAUACUCUCCAAGAGCUUUGAGUCCUACUGUUCCAAGGAGAAACUGCCCUGCAUCCUGAUGAACAACAUCCAACAACUGCGGGUGCAGCUGGAGAAGAUGUUUGAAGCCAUGGGUGGUAAAGAGUUGGAUGCAGAAGCAAGUGACCAUCUCAAAGAGCUCCAAGUGAAGCUGAACAAUGUUUUGGAUGAGCUCAGUGCAGUGUUUGGUAACAGCUUUCAGACCCGGAUUGAUGAGUGUGUCAAGCAAAUGUCUGAUAUCCUCUGUCAAGUGAAAGGGACAGCAAAUUCUGCUGCUAAUGCAAGAAACACAGUUGCACAAGAUGCAGAUAAUGUCCUGAGGCCACUGAUGGACUUCCUAGAUGGAAACCUGACACUGUUUGCAACAGUGUGUGAAAAGACAGUGUUGAAACGGGUGCUGAAAGAGCUCUGGAGGGUGGUAAUGAACACCAUGGAGAAGCUGAUUGUGCUGCCUCCUCUUACAGACCAUACGGGCACACAGUUGAUUUUCAGUGCUGCUAAGGAACUGGGACACUUGUCAAAGUUGAAGGAUCAUAUGGUGAGAGAAGAAACCAGGAGCCUCACUCCAAAGCAGUGUGCUGUUCUGGACCUGGCACUGGAUACAAUCAAACAAUAUUUCCAUGCUGGUGGGAAUGGUCUGAAGAAAACCUUCUUGGAGAAGAGUCCAGACCUACAGUCACUUCGAUAUGCUCUCUCCCUCUACACUCAGACCACAGACACUCUCAUCAAAACGUUUGUCCAGUCUCAGACAGCUCAGGGCUCCAGUGUGGAUGAUCCUGUGGGAGAAGUGUCCAUCCAAGUCGACCUGUACACCCACCCAGGAACUGGGGAGCACAAGGUCACAGUGAAAGUUGUGGCAGCCAACGACCUGAAGUGGCAGACAUCUGGCAUGUUCCGUCCAUUUGUUGAAAUCACCAUGAUUGGGCCCCACCAGAGUGACAAGAAGAGGAAGUUCACAACUAAAUCAAAGAGCAACAACUGGGCUCCAAAAUACAACGAAACCUUUCAUUUCAUCCUGGGGAAUGAAGAUGGCCCUGAUGCCUACGAGCUCCAGGUCUGUGUGAAGGAUUACUGCUUUGCCCGGGAGGACCGGGUUCUGGGGAUAGCAGUGAUGCAGCUCAGAGACAUAGCAGACAAAGGAAGCUGUGCUUGCUGGUGCCCCCUUGGGCGCAGGAUUCACAUGGAUGAGACUGGACUCACAAUCCUGAGGAUUCUCUCUCAGAGAACCAAUGAUGAAGUUGCCAAGGAAUUUGUGAAGCUGAAGUCUGAGUCCCGUUCCACAGAGGAAGGCACCUGA